AUGGACGCGCCCGACUCCGGCCAACCCGCGGCGCAACGCUUCCAAAACGUCGUCGUCAUGCGCCACGGCGACCGCAUCGACAACUUCGAGCCUCUCUGGGUGUCGCAGGCAGCGAGACCAUGGGACCCGCCUCUGGUCCAAGCGGGCAAGGAUCGGGCCUUCUGCACGGGUACGAAGCUCCGAUCCGAUCUCGGAUUCCAAAUCAAUCGGGUCUUCGUCUCGCCGUUUAUACGCUGCGUCGAGACCGCCGUCCAAGUCGUCACCGCUCUCUCCGCCAGCGAACACCCUACUCUCUCCAAAUACGAAAGCGACCAGCCCCUCCCUGUCGAUCCUUCUAAGCUCAAGGUCUCAAUUGAAUAUGGGUUAUGUGAGAUGCUGAACAAGGAGGCCAUCCGUGGUGACUUAGCUCCAAAAGAUGGGCAACGAUGGGGUUUCAAUAUAGCAGAGCUUGAGGCUUUGUUCCCAGCUGGGACAAUCGAUCAAACUGUGGAACGAGUGUACAAAGAGUUGCCCCAGUGGGGAGAGAGUGUUACGGGUGCACGGGCUAGAUACGCUGAGGUCAUUCAGGCCCUUGCAGAUAAAUACCCUGCAGAAAAUCUGCUCCUUGUCACUCAUGGUGAAGGAGUUGGUUCAUCAAUUUCUUUAUUCCUGGAGGGCGCCACAGUUUAUGAAGUAAAUUACUGUGCAUAUUCAGAACUAAGAAGGCCUGUCUUCGACAAAGAUCAGCCAACAACUGCUGGGAAGUUUGAGGUAGUGAAAAAUCUUCGCCAGACUGGUCUCAGUUACUCGCUUGAAAUUGUGGAGACAGGUGAUUUAAGCUUACCAUCAGAGUAA